AUGGAGUACCACCCAAGCGACAACUGUACAGCUGGAAGUAAGGAUCUGUACAAGUUCUACUUCUCGGUGAUGAUCAUGGAGUUUAUCCUGGCUCUUCCUCUGAACCUCAGCGUGAUCUACCUCUUCAUUUUUAAACUCAAAUUCUGGAAAUCUAAAAGCAAUAACAUUUUUCUCUUCAAUCUGGUCCUGGCGGAUAUCCUGCUGCUGAUCUGUUUGCCGGUCAGGGCGUACUACUUCCAGCGUGGGGAGAGACGGAGUAACAACAAGACCUUGUGCCAGUCGGUUCUCUUCAUGCUCUUCUUAAACCGAGGAGCAAGUAUCGCCUUCCUGACCAUCAUCUCCAUUAACCGUUACUUCAGCGUGGUUCACCCUGGCAUUAAGAACCCCUUCAAGAUCAGGAAAAGAAGCAUUCUCAUCUCCGUUCUGGUCUGGGUCGUGCUCUUGCCUCUGACCAUCCCAUCCCUGCUGACCUCCUUCGAGUGCUGCAACGACGACAUGGACAAGACGCCCAACAAAGAGAACGACAUCACUAUCACCUUCAGAGAGCUGGUGUUUUUCACGCCAGUUCUCAUUCCAUCUAUCAUCCUGGUCUACUGUACUAUCAGGAUCACCAACAGGCUGAAGGAGAAGACGGUCGGCGACAGGACCAAGCUGAGAAGAGCCGUCUUCCUGGUCACUCUGGUCGUCUUGGUGUUUGUUUUCUGCUUUUGGCCGUCUGCUAUUUCGAGGUUGGUCCUGCUGAUGUUUAGACGCCAGAAGUUUCAGACAGCGGAGGAAAUCGCCGUCCAGGUCUACGACGGACUCAUGUGCCUCUCGUAUCUGGAUUGCCUCCUGGACCCCAUCGUCUACUGCCUGAGCAGUACUAAGUUUAAACACGUGUACAUGUCCACCUAUUUGCCUUUCCUGAUGAAAGGACACCACGUGGAACAUCACUGAAACCUCAUCGUGUGCACAAACGUGUGAAUCUUUAAAAAGAAAUAAAACCCUAAAGCUUGAACUUCACCAAAAAAAUUCAAGUCUUAUGGGUACUCUUUCAAACUGUGAGGAUUUGUGUUCAUUCACGUCCGAGUUAAAAACAAACAAAAGCAUUGCAUUCAUGGGUCACUCUUUAGAUCUGUUUAAAAAAUGUUUUAUUUAUACAGUGACAUGUAUACCAUGUGCUAUAAUCCCUUUCGCAUUUCAUUUUCAUUCUCAUUAAACAUGCUGUUUUAUUAUUA